AUGGGCGCCUAUAUCCUUCGCCGCAUUCUGCUCAUGGUUCCGACCAUUUUCGGAAUCAUGGCGAUUUCCUUCGUCAUCGUGCAGUUCGCGCCGGGCGGGCCGGUCGAGCAGGUCAUCGCGCAACUGACCGGCCAGGGGGGCGAUGCGACCGAGCGCUUCACCGGCGGCGGCAGCGAGGUUUCCGGGGCCGAUGAGUUCGGCAGCAGCGUCGAAGGCGGCGGGGCCAGUUCGCGCUAUCGCGGCGCGCAGGGGCUCGACCCCGAGUUCAUCGCCGAUCUCGAGCGCCAGUUCGGCUUCGACAAGCCGCCGCUCGUCCGGUUCGGCAACAUGAUCUGGGACUAUCUGCGGUUUGACUUCGGCGAGAGCUAUUUUCGCGACAUCACCGUCAUCGACCUGAUCCUCGAAAAGAUGCCGGUGUCGGUGUCGCUGGGGCUCUGGAUCACGCUGAUCUCCUAUGCGAUCUCCAUUCCGCUCGGCAUCCGCAAGGCGGUGUCGGACGGUUCGCGCUUCGAUGUGUGGACGUCGGGCGUGAUCAUCGUCGCCUAUGCCAUCCCCGGCUUCCUGUUCGCAAUCCUGUUGAUCGUCCUGUUCGCCGGUGGAUCGUUCUUCGACUGGUUCCCCCUGCGCGGGCUCGUCUCCGACAAUUGGGCCGAACUGUCAUGGCCGGAACGGAUCGUCGACUAUUUCUGGCACCUGACGCUGCCGUUGACCGCAAUGGUGCUGUCGGCGUUCGCGACGACGACGCUUCUGACCAAGAACUCGUUCCUCGACGAAAUCCGCAAGCAAUAUGUGAUCACCGCGCGGGCCAAGGGCCUGACCGAGCGCCAAGUGCUUUACGGCCAUGUGUUUCGCAACGCGAUGCUGAUCAUCAUCGCCGGCUUUCCGGCGGCGUUCAUCUCGGCCUUCUUCACCGGAUCGCUCCUGAUCGAGACGAUCUUCUCGCUCGACGGGCUCGGCCUUCUGGGCUUCACCUCGGUCGUCAACCGCGAUUAUCCGGUGGUGUUCGCAACGCUCUACAUCUUCUCGCUGAUGGGACUGCUGGUCAGCCUUCUGUCGGACCUGAUGUAUACGUCUGACAUGGACCAGACGGUUGACGAACCCACUUUCGGACGGGACGGCGCCAUACCGCGACGGCGGCGACCGUUCCUCUCGCCGCUCAACCAGCGGCGCUGGCAGAACUUCAAGGCCAACCGGCGCGGCUACUGGUCGCUGUGGCUGUUUCUCGUCCUGUUCGUCCUGUCGCUGUUUGCCGAAUUCAUCGCCAACGACCGGCCGAUCCUGGUCUCCUACAAGGGCGAACUUCUGACGCCGGUCUUCGUCAACUAUCCCGAGGAGAAAUUCGGCGGGUUCCUGGCGCGCACCGACUACACCGACCCGUUCAUCCAGGACGAGAUCAAGGCCAAUGGCUGGAUGGUCUGGCCGCCGAUCCGCUAUUCCUACAGGACCGUCAACAAGGAGGUGCCGACCACCGCGCCCUCCAAGCCGGCCUUCAUGUUCGACAGCCGCGAGGAGUUGUGCGCGCGCUAUGCCGGCGGCAUCGACGAUCCGAACUGCCACUGGAGCAAUUUCAACUGGCUCGGCACGGACGACCAGGCGCGCGACGUCCUGGCGCGGACGAUCUACGGCUUCCGCAUAUCGGUCCUGUUCGGGCUGAUCCUGACGAUCGCCUCGGCGGUGAUUGGCGUCACCGCCGGCGCGAUCCAGGGCUAUUUCGGCGGCUGGACGGAUCUGAUCUUCCAGCGCGUGAUCGAGAUAUGGUCCUCGAUCCCGGUCCUCUACAUACUCUUGAUCAUGGCCGCCGUGCUGCCGCCGGGCUUCUGGGUGCUGCUCGGCAUCAUGCUCAUCUUCUCAUGGGUCGGCUUUGUCGGCAUCGUCCGUGCCGAAUUCCUGCGCGCACGCAACUUCGAAUAUGUCAACGCGGCGCGCGCGCUCGGCGUGUCGAACCGGACGAUCAUGUUCCGCCAUCUCCUGCCGAACGCGAUGGUGGCGACGCUGACCUUCCUGCCAUUCAUCCUGAACGGGUCGAUCACCACGCUGACCUCGCUCGAUUUCCUCGGCUUCGGCCUGCCGCCGGGAUCGGCUUCGCUCGGCGAACUCAUCCUUCAGGGCAAGAACAACCUCCAGGCGCCGUGGCUCGGCUUUUCCGGCUUCAUCGUCAUUUCGAUCAUGCUGUCGCUGCUGAUCUUCAUCGGCGAGGAACUCGCCCUCAAGCGCAAUUCCACCAUGACGGCCGUGAUCCUUGACGCGUUGGAAAGCGAGCUGGAACGAGAUCAAGCUCGCUCCGAUGAGGCUCAACGGCAUCGGAUCAAGGCGCGAGAGCAGUUUCUCGCACACCGCGAUUCGAUGAAGGAACUGCCGGCAGGCUACACCAGCAGUCAUGACGACCUUUAUGAUGAAGAAGAGGGCAGCGGCAUCUACGAGCCUUACCUGUUCAGCGACACGGUUCCGCUUUUCAUAUCCGCCGUCAAUUGGUGGGAGGUUCGAAACGAACCGCUGCUCUUCAAGGGGAACGAUUUUCACCAUACCGAUGUGCGGGCCGCGCUGUGCGGCCAUGUCACCCAUGCGGUCAGAACGAUCUCGUUCGACAUCGGUGCGCGCGAAACCGUGGCGCUCGUCGGCGAGAGCGGGUCGGGCAAGUCGGUCUCCGCCCUGUCCGUGCUCAAGCUGCUGCAAUAUCCGGCCGCGUCGCACCCGUCGGGUCAGAUCAUGUUCGGCGGGCAGGAUUUGCUGGCGGCGUCGGACGACGAACUGCGCACGGUCCGCGGCAACGACAUUUCGAUGAUCUUCCAGGAGCCGAUGACGUCGCUGAACCCGCUGCACCCGAUCGAAAAGCAGGUCGGCGAGGUGUUGCGGCUGCACCAGGGCAUGGGCGAAGCGGACCAGCGAGCCCGAACGCUCGAACUGCUCAACCAGGUCGGCAUUCGCGAACCCGAAAAGCGCCUUGGCGCCUAUCCGCACCAAUUGUCCGGUGGCCAGCGCCAGCGCGUGAUGAUCGCCAUGGCGCUCGCCAACACGCCCAGGCUGCUGAUCGCGGACGAACCGACGACGGCGCUCGAUGUGACCGUUCAGGCGCAGAUCCUCGAACUGCUCGACGAUCUCAAGCGGCAGCAGGACAUGUCGAUGCUGUUCAUCACGCACGAUCUGGGCAUUGUGCGGCGCAUCGCCGACCGCGUCUGCGUGAUGACCGAUGGGGAGAUCGUCGAGACCGGGCCGACCGAGGCGAUCUUCGGCGACCCGCAGCACGUCUACACCCGGCACCUGCUCGCGGCCGAACCGAAGGGCCAGCCGCCCCGCGCCGACCCCGACGCGCCCGUCGUGAUGGAAGGCGACCAGAUCAAGGUCUGGUUCCCGAUCAAAAAAGGCUUCCUGCGCAAGACGGUCGAUCACGUCAAAGCGGUCGACGGGAUCGACGUGACGGUGCGCGCAGGCCAGACGCUCGGCGUCGUCGGCGAGAGCGGGUCGGGCAAGACGACGCUUGGGCUGGCGCUCAGCCGGCUGAUUUCGUCGGACGGCCGUAUCCGGUUUGCUGGCGAGGCCAUCGAUGCACGCUCGUUCCGUCAGAUGCGGCCGCUUCGCAAGGAUCUGCAGAUCGUCUUCCAGGACCCGUUCGGAUCGCUGAGCCCGCGCAUGUCGAUCGCCGAGAUCGUCGCCGAGGGCCUUGCGAUCCACGAACCGGGCCUGAGCCCCGACGAACGCGACGAUCGCGUCGUCGCCGCCCUCGACGAGGUCGGGCUCGAUCCCGAGACGCGGUUCCGCUAUCCGCACGAAUUUUCCGGCGGCCAGCGCCAGCGCAUCGCCAUUGCCCGGGCGAUGGUGCUCAAGCCGAAAUUCCUGAUGCUGGACGAGCCCACUUCGGCGCUCGACAUGAGCGUUCAGGCCCAGGUGGUCGACCUUCUGCGCGAUCUGCAGAAGAGGCACAAUCUGGCCUAUCUGUUCAUCAGCCACGAUCUGAAAGUGGUGCGGGCGCUCGCCAAUCACGUCAUUGUCAUGCGCGGCGGCCGAAUUGUCGAACAGGGGUCGGCCGACACCAUUUUCGACGCGCCGGAAACCGAUUACACAAGGGCGCUGAUGGCCGCCGCCUUCGACAUCAAGACGAUUCGCACGAUGGCACCCUCCCCCGGCUCGAUCCUUUUGUCCGUCACCGGCUUCGAUCCCGCCGUGUGGCGUGACGAGAUCGAACGGGCCGCACCCGGCCGGACGGUUGUCACCGAACCGGACGGGCCCGAAGACGCAUCCAUCCAUUACGCGGUCGUGUGGAAGCAGCGGCCCGGCAUUCUCAACCGGCUGCCCAAUCUCAAGGCGAUCUUUUCGAUCGGCGCCGGCGUCGACCACAUCUUCGCCGAUCCCGAUGUUCCGGACGUGCCCAUCGUGCGCGUCGUCGCCGACGACCUGACCGAGCGGAUGAGCGAAUAUGUGGUCUGGCAGGUGCUCGACCAUCACCGCAAGGGGCCGCGCUACCGGCGCCAGCAGGCGGAGAAAAUCUGGCAUGAAGACCGGAUGCAGCCGGCCGCGCGCGACGUGACGGUGGGCAUUCUGGGUCUCGGCGUACUCGGGCUCGAUGCGGCGCGCAAGCUUGCCGCGCUCGGCUUUGAAGUCGCGGGUUGGAGCCGGACGGCAAAGAAAAUCGAAGGCGUAGCGACCUUUGCCGGCGAUGACGGGCUCGACGGUUUUCUGGCCAUCAGCGACAUCGUCGUGUGCCUUUUGCCGCUGACGCCGAAGACAAAGGGCAUCCUGUCAAAACCGCUGUUUGCGAAGAUGAAACGGCGCGGACCGCUGGGGCCGGCCGUGCUGAUCAAUGCCGGCCGCGGCGAUCUGCAGCCGAGCCGCUGCCCGAAACCAGUCCGCUCUGGACCCAUCCGCGCGUGA